AUGCGACACAGAGAAUUGGAGAAGAGGCGCGCAACCCAAACAUACAUCUCUACCUUGCAAGAUCGUAUCAAGCAGUUAGAAAGCCCCCAGACCCCUGAAAGAGCGUUUGGGUCAAGUCAGACUAUUGAGCAUGGAGCCCUAUCCUCUAUCUCACCAACUACCACACAUUCUGCGACGCCCAUUGAAUCUUCACGAUCAUCGCAAUGCCAGGAUCCGUUCGUUCAUCGCUCUCGGGGUGGUCCAACUCGGGAGAUCACCGGGCGGACCAAUAACGGUGGUGGUAUGAGAGAUGGCGUCAAUGCCAUGAUGGGUGCAGUUGAAGAAGGCCGUGCCAGCCAAGGCUUUUUCGGCAGCUCCAGUGCCGCUGGCUUCAUGCGUCAAAUCAAGACUGCAGUCGAUAGAAGAGUUACAUCGCCUGACAAACGACCUUCAGCUCCUAACAUUGCUCUUCAUUCCAGUCUCUUGGCAGGACAACGCAACGAACGAAUUCCGUCAUCGGCGCCAAACUAUGUUCUGCCCCCUCGGAGAAUGGCUGAUAAACUGAUGGAGGUAUACUGGGACUAUGUGUUCCCGCUGUACCCAUUCAUCGACAGUGUUCACAUGAAAAUGGAAUACACAAAAAUUUGGCAGGGGGAACCCUUGCAUUACGACGAGAAUAUGGUGAUGUGCACAUUCAACGUGAUAUUUGCAUUAGCCAGUAAAUUGGCGGAUUUCAUCGCACCUGAAGAGAGAGAGACAUCCGCCGACGCCUAUUUCUCUCGGGCAAAAGAACUCCUGCAGUUUAAUCUCUGGGAUACAGGGUCCGCCGGAUUGAUUCAAUGCCUUCUGCUGAUGGCCCAGUACCUACAGAGCACUGAUUAUUCACAUCAAUGUUGGAUCUGCACAGGGCUUUCGAUUCGCAAUGCCCAGAGUUUAGGCAUUCAUCUACCUCAGACAAUCGCCAAUAUUCGCACUCCUAGUGAGCGACAACUGGCUCGGAAGAUCUGGCACGGGUGUGUGCUCAUGGACCGCGUUAUAUCCAUGACCUUUGGGCGACCAGCUAUGAUAUCAAAAGCUUCCAGUGGAGCCGUUCCGCUACCAAUCACGGUGGAUGAUGAGUUCAUCUCCGCUGCGAGUGCCGAUGAGCCGACUCAACCGGCAGAACGGCCAUCCAUGAUGGCAUUUUACGCACAGACCCUAGAAUUAUACGAGAUAAUGAACGACGUCCUUCUCAGUCUAUACAAGCCGGCCCCAGACGAAAGUGCGGAAGACAUACACGAUUUCUACUUCAACAAUUCUGCUGGGGAAGGAGAGAGAACAAUAUUCGAGUUAGAUCGCUCCCUUACCCGGUGGACGAGAUGCCUUCCCCCACAUCUUCGUGGAGACUCUUCAGUCAGCGCACAAGAGAACUCCAUAUUCUUUCGCCAGGGAAUAGUCUUACACGCGAGGUUUUUACACGUGAGGAUGUUGCUAUUCCGGCCAACACUUGCAAAGUAUUGUGCCGCACGGGAUAAUGCCACAACCCACUCGAUGAUUCCAAUCAGUGACUCGUUCCCUCGCAGAGUUGCCUUGCAAUGCUCUGUUAUCUGCGUUAAGGUAGCGCAGGAAUCCAUUGAGCUCAUUUAUACACAUGUACCCUCUGACGGCACCGGCGGGCCCCUCCCUGCAUGGUGGUAUAACAUAUUAUAUAUCUACACCGCCGCCACUGUUUUGAUCGCUGGUCGGCUAUCUCCCGCAAUCCUCACCGAGAUUUCAGAACCAUCGAUCACUCGUUCAUGGAAUUGUGCUUUGGAAAUACUUCGCAAAUACCAAAGUCACAGCACGUCUGCUAGGCGCUGUGUGGCCGCGCUUGAAAUUUUGUAUGAGCAGGUUGUCUCUGAGGGACAGCCUCCAACCGACACCAGCUCCCAUGACCUCGCCUCCAACAUUACCAAUACCUUGAAUGAUAUACCCUUCGGUGAAGGAAUACAUGCAGCUAUGAUGGAUGGAUUUGAGUUCCCAGACUUCCAAGAUAUGUCCUGGUUGAAUAGUGUUCCGAGCAAUCUGUUCUAG